UUCGGCAACAUGGCCGCUGCGAGGAAACAUAAGCGCGUGGCGGCGUCACAGCCUGGCUUUUUAUCUUUAAAAUCGGAUGCAGUUAGUGAUGGAAGCGCCGGCGUCGGGCGUCGAAAGCGUGUCAACAAAAACAAGAAAAAGAACUGGAACAAAUACAGCGAUGUUCAGGAUGUCGAGGAGUUUUUGGAAGACGUGAGACUCCAGGAAAGAGCUACAGGAGGUCUGAUAGCAGACAAACCAGACGAAAGUCUUUUCUUUGUGGACACAGGAGAGAACCAAAGCAUCCCAAAGCCAGAAGCAGUACAAAAGGGUAAACGCUCCAAGCCACUCCGGAUAGAUCUGAUCCUGCAGCCGGAUUCCCACAUUCCAGCACCUAAAGACAUCUUAGCAUAUCAGCGCCCAAAUGCCAAGAAGCUGCGCCGCAUGGCCGAGCGGGCCGAAAAGCUGGCUGCAAUGGGUGUCCUGCCACGCCGAGAAAAACUCCUACAGCUACGCAAGACGGCACAAACGCAUGUUAAAGAGAAACCUCCAAACAGCAAAGAUCCAUCGAGAAGCUUCUACGAUCUGUGGGGCGCAGAAAACCCUGACUCUGCAGAUCCCUACUUCCUUGAGCAGACUAAGAAGAAGCUGGUUAAGAGACCGAAGAAGCUUAACGAGAAGCCCUCCGUCCUUCCUGCUGUCGAAGUGAUCGGCCCUGGUGGCUCAUACAAUCCCGAUUUCCUUUCUCACCAGUCAUUGCUACUGGCGGCUCAUGAGGCUGAAGUGAAAAAGAUGAAGGUGGAAGAGAAGCUGAAAAAACAGGUGGCAGUAAAAAGGACAGACAUCGCCACUGAGGAGAGCACCUUUAAUGAACAGGUCGAAGGCCUGAUCGAGGAAGAUGAAGAGGCAAAGACAGAAACGGAGCACGCAGAGACAGAUUCCAAAGAUGUAGCGGUCGGGCCACCAGCACAGCCAGAGAAAAAAACUGAGAGACAAAGAAAAAAAGAGAAAGCCGAGAGAAUAAAGGAGCUGAAGAAGAAAGCGGAGAGGAAGAUGCUCGACAGCCGACAGCAGCUUUUCCAGCUGCGCUCCAUCGGUGCUGAUGUGAAGAAGAGGGAGCUGAGAACCAAGGCGAGACAGACAAAGCGUCAAGCAAAACAAGAGGCCGAGAAAGCACUGCCUCGCCGUCUGGGCAGGUUAAGGUUCCAGGCUCCUGAUCUGGAAGUGCAGUUAAGCGAUGAACUCUCAGGCUCUCUCCGCAAACUAAAGCCAGAGGGCAGCGUAUUAAAAGACCGAUUUAAGAGCUUACAGAAGAGGAACCUGAUUGAACCCAGAGAAAGGGCUAAGUUCAAGAGGAAACACAAGGUGAAAUAUGUAGAAAAGAGGGCUUUCAGAGAAAUCCAGUGAUUGCAAUCCGGGUCCAAUCUGCUCGUAGCGCUGUUGAGAUCAUCCAGUCGUGUCUCACGAUGCUGUUAGAGAUGCUGCCUGUUCUACCUUCAUCACCUAAAUACCACUCAGUGUGAUGACAGAACUGACCUUUCAGCGUGAAUUGAUCAAUGACUGGUAUCGCAUUCGUCCAAGGUUCACACAAUUUCCAUGAACUGAUAUUUUUGAAUCGAAAUCUUGUGGUAAUGUACUCUAAAGUAAAGAUUCAAAUUUCUGCUUUUUCACACAUUUUACAACCACCAGCUGUGAAAACUGCAGCUUUGCUCGUUUUCAGUGAAAACUGCAGAUUUUCUCAACACUUCUAAAUCAAAGUGUCUGUCACCUUGAUGAAUAUGGAUAAUAAAGUAUUAUUUAAUACUGUACAAUAAAGCUUGGGGUUUUUGAGUCA